AUGUCGCGUCGCCAACUAUUGGACGCCCUUAGCAAUUCUUCCAUCGUCGGACCAGCCUCUGAGGUCCUGGCUGCCAAUCACAAAUGCAAUUUGCCUUCGUUACCCGCGCCCAGCCCACCGUUCACAGGCCAACAAGCAUCAUCCUCGUCGUCAUCAUCACCUCAAGACGUCAAGUACUUUGACCAUUUUCGCCGCACAACAGCACCCAAUACAGACUCGUUUAUCCCCUCUAUGUUCUGGGGCCAGGAUCUUUUGCAGCUUGCGCAUGACGAACCUGCCAUGUGGCACGCGACCAUCGCUGUUGGAGCCUUACAUCGGAGAUGGGAGCUCAGUUCUCCAGGAGAGGAAAUGGAUACCUUGAUUCGCCAUGCGACCGUUCACUACGGCAAGGCCAUGGCGUUGGCAAGUACUCUGGAUUCACCUGACAAACUGCUCGCCUUGGGCCUGCCCCUCAUCGCUGCAGCCAAUAUGCUCGGCCUUUGGUCCGAGUCUCACAUGCACAUCCUGUCUAGUUUUCGGAUACUGGCUGAGGUACCAAAGCCAUCGGCAUUUGAUGAUGUGAAGAAACGAAUUGCCGCGACACUGACACGGAUGGAUAUGCAAUCGUUUACACUGAGUGAUUCAGACUCACCAUAUCCUUUUGCCCAAUCAGCCGCUAUACGAGGAAUCAACCAAGUGACAGGAGACGGUGUAUUUAAUUCCUAUUCCCACGCUGCAUCUACAUUAUUCGAUAUCAUACGGCAACUAAUGGUCAAUGGUCGGAAUUACUGGGACGGCGGCAUGGACGACGCGAGUUAUCGUACCGUUAAUGACCAAGUGCGACUGGAUCUGGAGCACUUUGAACGCACGAUGACCAAGUUCGAAGCGCGUCGUCAUGAUUUCUUAGACGAGCAUGCAGCCAUUUCUAUUCGAGUCUAUCAUGCCUGGCUACGAUAUAUAUUUAAAACAAAACUAUUUGGACCGGAAGUCCGACACGACAACUGUUUGGGAUAUUUUCAACUCAUCGCGACACUUGUGCACAUCUUUAUCGAAAGAAGAGGAGGAAACAACGACAACAAAACGGAAUCCCUUCAACUCAGUCUUGAGCCUGCAGUAGUGCUGCCUCUAUUUGAUGCUGCCAAAAGAUGUAGACAUCCGGCAUUGAGGCGCCAUAUUCUGAAUCUCAUGAGAAAAAUGAAUCGCCACGAAGGCAUGUGGAGGAGCGAUGGUGCGGCCGUGGCCAUUUCUAGUAUUAUGGAUGUGGAAGAGGAGGGACUGUGGGAGGAAUAUGAGAAUAUUGGUUCUCUGUGUGAAAAUCACCUUUUGAAGAAGAGAGUGCAGACUGAUUCAUUGUCCAUUCCAUGGGGAGCUUGGUCUUUGGCGGACUUUUCACCACCUACAUGUUACACGUGGGAUGGUAUGGCUCGCAUUUCGGAGCAGCAGAGAGUAAGCUCUGUGAUGAUGGCGAAUCAAUUUGACUCGAGGGAGUUGAAUUUGCAGCUUGUCAUGAGCGGAUUUGAUCCCGAGAAGCCUUUGGUCACGAUGAAACCAUUAACAGUAAAGUUUUAG